AUGGGGUGGGCCUUCGUGCCGUGGCUUCUGCUAUCUCAGAUAUCUCAGGCAUCUGGCAUAGACAAGCCGGAGGGAUGCUCAGAUGCAGCGUGGAACUUCGUUUGCCUUGGCCAGAUCUCUUGUGCCGAUCUCGCCAAUGCUGGCGUCACCUGCACAGGUGUCAGCAGUGUGGAGGGAUGUUCUACAGCAUGUGCCAGCCCAUGCUGUGUGACAACCACAACCACCACACAGACCGUGACAGCAACGACUGUCACCUCGGUGACACACACGGAGACCAGCACGAGCAUCUCGGAAACUGUCACCGCCACGCAUACGCUGACCGAGACAUCAAUAACUUCCACUGCAAGCGAAACCUCUACUCACACAGCAACAGAAACCGAGACGAUAACAACAACGGCAACCCACACAAUUACUCACACCAUAACCGAGAUCCCCGAAUCCACAGCGCCACCGAGCACCACCACGGAGAUCGAACCCGCAGCAGUGGAGAGGCUGUCUGUCCGUGCCGUCGUCACAGAUGUGACGACGUACGUGGAUUACAUAAGAGACUCUAGAAUCAUCACUGCCUACAAAGAUGUCAUGGAAGAUGUUUCCGGUCUCAAUGAGCACUGGAUCGCUUUGCAGAUGUUUCCUGGUGCCGCUGGCAACAUCACGGUCGAUUACAUUCUGACAGUGCCCUUCGUGGAGGGUGCUGGUGGCGAAUUGGUGCCGAUUGUGCCUGUAGAGCAGGUGCAGGCCAAGCUUGAUGCGGUCACUGCAGAGAGUUUCAACACGAUGCUGAAUCAGAAAGUUGACGAAGCCACCGGUGCUGGGACACAUUCUCAGAAGGUCGUAAGCUUCGAGCAGGACACCUCCGAUUCGGGCAACGGCAGCGUCAGCAGCGCACUGCGCUUGGGCGCGAACUUGAAGAGCUCAUUGGCGAGCAUUAUGUUCAUGAUGUUGGCGUCUCCCUCAGCUUUCCUUGUCGGCAGCUAA